CUGGACGAGCCCUUUAAACAUGAGACCACCUCGAGAAGUCGGCGGCUGUGUGGCUCUGCCGCUGAGGCUGCCAUCGAUAGAUGGUUUACCGGAGAAAAUACUGCACUACUUGUACCUGAAACCUCACGACCCGAAAAUCUCAGACGACGAUGCGCGAAGAUCUCUGUUCCUAGUGAACAUUCCCAUAUCGGCGACGACACAAGCCCUGAGACAUCUCUUCACGAACCAACUCGAAGGCGGACGCGUUGAAGCGGUCCACUUCUCCGAAACAAAUGUCACCGGGAAACCCACGUCCGGCGCAAUGUCGAGUCGGAAGAGGAAGAGAAUGACCGCGGAAGAACUCGAGGCGGGCUUGGACGCAUAUUCCCUACCAAAAGCCUUCGACUCGGAAAUCCACCAGACAGGGUCGACGGCGAUUGUGGUGUUUGUGGACCGGGCGAGCAUGGAACUUGCAUUCAAGGGAGCGAAACGAGCCGCAAAGUCAGGCACAGCUUUGGAAUGGAGCAGUGGCACGACCCGGGGUGUUCCUCGUUUGGGCAUGACGAGGUACUCCCACCACAAGCAUCUGCAGUAUCCGUCGAAGAAAGAAUUACUUCGAUCGGUCAACGGGUUCAUGACUGCGUACGCCCAGAUGGAAGAGGCACGAAGUCGGGAGAACGCUCGGAAGCGACAAGAGCCUGACGAAGACGGAUUCAUCACCGUUACAAGGGCGUCCCGAGGCGCAGUCCGAAGUGACGAGGCCAAGGAGCUCGCAGAGCGACAAAAGGAGAAGAACAAGGGUCUCGAAGACUUUUACAGAUUCCAGAUGCGAGAGAAGAGGAAAGAAGAGCAUGCGGAGAUGUUGAAGAAGUUUGAAGAGGACAAGAGGAAGGUAGAGGAAAUGAGACGACGAAGAGGAAAGCCUCAGGGUUGAACUCGUGACAUCCGACCGACAUUACUACCGCUACUAAUGUUCAUCGGUGUAUCUUUGACGCAAAGAGUUGAUGCAAAAGACGGGCGACCCAUUCAGGAUCCUCGAUGUCCAUGGCUCGCCGAUAUCACGCCACCGUGAAGAUCCUGAAGAACUUGGUGGUUUUUGAUGAAAAUAGCCACCAUGUUUCGUGGCAGAUUAUCCACCUCCGAAACCAUCAACACCACAGCGAAUGGCUCGAACAUGGUAGUUGCCCUGUACUUUCAUGGAUGUUGCCGGAAUUGAGAAUGGUGUGACUGUCACGGCUCCAUCUGAGGAAGAUGAACAUCCAGGGGUCGCCGACCACUCCAGGUGGUCCUAUAGUGUGGUCAGCUAGAACCUGAGCAUUGCAGACAUCUAUUCUUGCUACACUCGGCGACUGAGGUCCGCCUGGGUGCUUGCACUCCACUCGGUGGCGACCAGAUCAGCGCGCACCGUCCAGCAUUAUGAUGACUGGCAUUGACACGAGUGAAUUAGUGGAGGUUCAAAACGGCGAUAUGUGAGGACGAGAGAGCUGGCAAUGUCGUUGAAAAUAGUCUAUGGCCUUGACAUGGCUGUCAUGACAAUGUCUAGGCACAAGGGAGGUCGUGAUUAGAGUCGUGCUACUUCAAUCGGUCGGAUCAAUCGUACGCAUCGGCAAGGACAUGAUAUGAGAUCCAGGGAAAGUUGGGUUUCGGUAACUGAGACACAAUAUCGAGUUGUGGUCAUUUGAUGUGGAUUUAAGUCAUGCUCAAGGCUGUUUUUCUUGUAAUGGAAUGGCAUGGGAAAAUAUAGAGAGUCUUCCUUUUUUGGCGGCCUUGAAUGCACUCUGUGAUGAUCAAAGGAUCUCUUGUGGUACCCUGAUUAGAAUUCUUUCUGGAUGGUGUUUUGCUGCAUCAGCUCGAGUGGUGAAUUGGACUCUUGUAAAAUGGGAUGUACCUGCCUAAUGCGGAAUGGCGGACUUGACUGCGCUUGAAAUUGUAGAAAUUCAUAGUAGACAGACUGCGCUGAAGAUAGGUUGAAAUGGGG